AAUCGAGGCGCUGAACGAGUCCAAUCCACAAUUCGAACAAGUGAAGCGUUCGAAGAGAAUGAACCACGACGAGAGUUGAACUCGAUCCGUUCGGAUGUUCGUUCGAAAGCGGCCAUGUUCGACGAUGUUGCGAUGCGUUAUGGGCAGCAAGCUGGAAAUGAUGUUCAAGCGAUGAUGGGUUCACGUUAUCGGUCACGAUCCGCACCACGUUCCGAGUCACCGAACAUGUACAUACCACAACCAGAUUACAACGAUUAUGAGCCAAUCUCUGUGGACACAUCGUCAGCGCAAAACAACAACAACAACGAUACCAAUCGUUAUUUUGGUUUUCGUUCAACGGAUGACUUCGCAAAUAGCACCACAAUGAGUCCAAGUGAACGGCGACUACGUAAAUUUGAGGUAGUCGUGUGA